AUGGCAUACGAAGAUCUAAAGACGAGUCUUAUCGAAGAGUACUCUAAUAAGAAGCCUUCUAGUGACGGAGAGAUUUAUCGCAAAAUUCGCCAGUACAUAAGCGACGGAAAUCUUCACGGAGAACUACGACUUCAAGUAUUUCGAGAGCUAGGCUUACUGCCUAGAACGACUCUUUCCUUUAGAGCAGUCUACCACCGUACGCAGCACUAUAGACCGCCUACGGGUAUAUUCCGACGAUAA